AUGAUCAACGACGAGAAGAACGUGGUCGCAGACCUUUCGAAGGUCGACACCUCCGAAGCAGACAAUGAACAUAUCGAGACGAUCGUGGGUAGCACGGCUUUCAACGACGCUUUGAUUCGAGAGCACCCGUCGCUGAUGAAUUCGACCACCAUCUUGCUCUUUGCAUGCACUCUUCUUGGUUGCUUGUGCCAAACCAUGAACGGUUACGACGGAAGUCUGCUCAACGGGCUACUCGCCAACCCACAAUUCAAAUCCUUCUUCCACGGCUCGAACGCAGGAAUCUGGGCCGGUAUCGUCUCUUCCAUGUACCAAAUUGGUGGUGUUGUCGCACUUCCUUUUGUCGGUCCUGCCAUCGAUACAUGGGGCCGCAAAUGGGGCAUGUUCAUCGGCUCUUUCAUCAUUGCCGUCGGCACGGUAAUCUCUGGAACAACAUUCAGUGAUGGGAAGGUCGGACAGUUCAUGGGCGGCAGAUUCUUGCUCGGUUUCGGCGUAUCUAUCGCCUCGUCUGCUGGACCAAUCUAUGUAGUCGAAAUGUCCCAUCCGGCGUAUCGUGGUAAAGUGACAGCUUACUGCAACACUUUCUGGUUUACUGGAAGUAUCAUUGCUGCAGGUUGUGUCAGAGGUGCUCUCAAUCUUACCGGCAACUCAUCCUGGCUUGUACCUGUCUGGGUUCAGAUGGCCUGUCCUGUGAUCAUUUGUGCCUUUGUCUGGUUCAUCCCCGAGUCCCCUCGCUGGCUUUAUGUUAACAACAAGCAAGAUUCCGCCAUAGCUACUCUCACAAAAUGGCACGGACAAGGCAACCGAGACAGUGCUUGGGUCAAACUCCAGCUUUCUGAGUACGAAGACUUCCUGAACAUGGACGGUGCCGACAAGCGUUGGUGGGACUACAGCGCACUGUUCAAGAAGAGAAGCUCUCGCUACAGACUCGCGUGCAAUUGUGGCUUUAGCAUCUUCGCACAGUAUANNUGGGCAGGAAACGCUGUGCUCACGUACUUCAUCAGCGCCGUGCUGGAUACUGCUGGCUACCACCAAGCAAUUCAACAAACCAACAUCAACUUAGGCUACGCAUGCUUCCAGUUCGUGUUUGCACUCAUGGGAUCCGCAUUCGUCGACAGAGUGGGCAGACGCCGCCUUAUGCUCACCGGUAUGACCGGCUGUGCAAUCGUCUGGGUCGGCAUGACCACAGCCAGCGGCAUCUUCAACAACUCCGCAAACGCAAGUGCUGCUAAAGCCACCGUCGCCAUGAUCUUUAUGUUUGGCGCUGUCUUUUCUUUCUGCCUUACCCCUCUGCAAGCCUUGUACCCUGUUGAAGUCUUGUCUUUCGAGAUGCGUGCCAAGGGAAUGGCGUUCUCGAGUUUGGCUGUCAAUGCCGGUGGUCUGCUCAAUCAGUUUGCUUGGCCCGUGUCGCUUGAGAACAUCGGCUGGAAGACUUAUAUCAUUUUUAUCAUCUGGUGCGUUGCCCAGGCCGGUAUCAUUUGGGUGUGGUUCCCAGAGACUCGCAAUCGAACUCUCGAGGAACUCGAUGACAUCUUCGAAGCUCCUAAGCCUGUCAAGAAGUCCUUGGAGAAGAAGCAGGUCUUGGUUAGCGAGCAACAUGGUGUUGCUGUGAUUGAGAAGGUCGUAGCAUGA